AUGUCAGAUAAUCAAUUCACAAACUUCAUAAAGAGAAUCUAUUUGUCUAAUCGAUAUUUUUAUGUCCUAGUUCUGAUUGCUAUCUCAAUAUCAAUUUUAGUUAUAGUAGCUCUAACCUUUCAAGAAUAGCAAGAUUAAGUAUAACUUAUUCUUGAGGACGAACUAGAGUAGCUGAAAUUCUAAUUUACUGGUUUCUUAAAUUAAUACAACAAAGGCUAUAAAACAGCUCUAUAGUUCAAAUCUGGGCUUAGCAAUUUUCAAAAGAAUAAGGUCUCAAUAGAAUAACUAAAUAAAGGUUCUAAAGGUGAUUUAGUAUUAGGUUUGAAUUAGUUUUCAGACUAAUCACUCGAAACUUUUAAGAGUAAGAUUUUAAAACUACAAAGUCCCUCAGAACAGUAUAGGGGCUAAUAACUUAACAAUUAGAAUACAGAUACUCUCAAUUAAAGUUAGCCCAACACUACUUCUACAACUAAUGCUAUUAAUAAGAAUACUAAAAAUAUAGCUAGUAAUGAAUCUCCUUUACAAACUCCUUUGAUAUAAUUGCCUGCAAAUUUUGAUUGGAGAACAAAAGGGGUAGUAACACCAAUUAAAGAUUAGUAAUCAUGUGGAAGUUGUUACUCUUUUGCCUCAACGGCUGUAAUCGAAUCUAUUCUACUUAUAAAAGACCCAGUCAAGAAUUUUAAGAUAGAUUUAUCAGAAUAGUAAUUGAUUGACUGCAGCUUUGCAGUUGGUAAUAAUGGUUGUAACGGUGGGCACAUGACCAAUGUUUAUUAUUAUCUUUAAGAUAUAAAGCUUGUGUCUGAAGAUUACUAUCCCUACACAGCUAUGGAGGAAAUUUGUCGUGCCUCAUUAAUUCCCUCAGGUGUUCUUAACAUAAAAGAAUUUUAUUAGGGCUCAUCAUCAAAUUCUACAUACAUAAAAGGGCUCUUAAUGAAGAACCCUCUUGCUAUAGGAAUAUCUGGCAAUAGUGACAUUUUCAGAUUCUAUAAAAAAGGAAUAAUCUCAUCAAGUCUAUGCGGAACAAAUAUAGAUCAUGCUGUAGUUUUAGUGGGAUGGGGAUAACAAGACAAAACCACAAACUACUGGAUUAUUAAGAACUCUUUUGGGACCAGCUGGGGUGAAAAUGGGUACGCAAAAAUAUUAAUGGAAAAUAAAACUAACUCUAUAUGUGGUAUUGGGAAAGAUAUUACAUACCCUAUUCUCAGGUGA